AUGGCAGAUGGAACACCUCCAGCACGAGACCAGCCAAUAUUGGGCUAUCCAACACAAGGCGUUGACUAUGUUGAGUACACAUAUGGACAGAUCGACACUUUCACAGAUGCCGCCGCUCGUCAGUUGGCAUCGCAGUUACCAUUACGACCAGAUUCGACUAGCGAGGAAACAGCAGUAGCGAUUCUAGGACCAUCUUCACUGGACUACUUCACUACUGUACUCGCAUUGAGCAGGCUGGGCUUUACUGUCCUGUUUCUGUCAACGAGGAUAUCCGAAGCCGCCUAUGUCUCUCUUCUCCAGUCCACCAAAUGCUCGAACAUCUGCAUAGACCCUAGUUUUGCAAAGACAAUAGCCAAUGUUAAGGCACAGGUAUCAAGCUUGAAUGUGCUUGGGGUCGUGCCACAAUCCCUAUACGAUACAGUCGAAGCAGAUGUGUCGGAUCAGCUCUUUCCUCAACAAAACCUUGAUCUGGACGAAGAAAGCAAGAAAAUCAGCUGGAUCAUUCACUCUUCUGGAUCUACUGGUUUGCCGAAGCCUAUCUACCAGACUCAUGGAGCGGCGCUUAAGAAUUACGAGAAUAAUAUGAACAUGAAGGGCUUCAUCACAUUACCUCUUUUUCACGCACAUGGGUUGAGUAGUGUCCUAAGGGGAUUCACUUCCAACAAGUUGAUUUUCAUGUACAAUGCCUCAUUGCCGCUGACGAGCCAGUACUUGCUCGAUAUUGGUCGAAGAUACUCUUUCGAGAUCUUCUAUGGUGUUCCUUAUGCACUUAAGCUUCUUAGCGAGAGCGAGGAGGGUGUUCAAAUGCUUACCAGAAUGCAAGUCGUCAUGUUUGGUGGAUCUGCUUGUCCUGAUGGUCUCGGAGACUUGUUGGUCGAGCACGGUGUGAACCUCAUCAGUCAUUACGGCACCACAGAAACAGGUCAGCUCAUGACUUCCUUCAGACCAAGCGGCGACAAAGCGUGGAAUUAUGUUCGUGUACAUGACAAACUUCAACCUUAUGCACGAUUCGAGGAAAGAGGUGGCAAUCUCUACGAACUGGUCAUAACACAAGGGUGGCCAUCAUUGGUUGCGACAAACAGAGACGAUGGCGCUUAUGCUACGAAAGAUCUCUUUGAACCACAUGCAACCAUCGAACAUGCCUGGAAAUAUGGCGGGAGACUGGAUGACACAAUUGUCCUCAUGAACGGCGAGAAGGCGAUACCAAUCCCCAUGGAAAUGGCUGUCCGUCAAAAUUCACUCGUCAAAGAUGCAGUUAUCUUCGGAUCGGGCAAAGCGAGUCUAGGCAUGAUGAUUAUUGCUUCUGAGGCUGGUGCGGAGAUUGAUGCUGAGACUUUGGUUGAUAGACUCUGGGAAUCAAUCGAGAAGGAGAACGAAUCAACCGCUGCCUACGCCCAGAUAACUCGAGACACCAUAACUGUUCUGCCUGCUGGCACAGUCUAUCCACAAACUGAUAAGGGGACACUGAUCCGACAAGCAUUCUACAAGUCUUUCGCAGCUCAGAUCGAAGCUGUCUAUCAAAAACUCGAGGCCUCUACGAGUGGUACCCUGGUUCUCAGUGAAGCGGAGCUGAGAGACUAUCUGCGAACGAACAUUGCAAGACUUGUACCCGGAAUUGACGUCGCUGAAGUCUCUGACAACACAGAUCUGUUCUCACUCGGCGUCGAUUCUCUCCAGUCAAGCAGAUUACGCGGCACGAUCCUGCAGGAAAUUCAGCUCAAUGGCAAUGUACUACCACAAAACAUCGUCUUCGAACAACCAAGUAUAGCCAAGCUUGCAGCAGCCAUAAUCAGCAUACAACAAGGUGGUGCUUCAACUACCGCAAACGACAACGUGGAGGAAGAGAUGCAGAGACUGAUUGAGAAGCACAGUAUCUUCCCUGCACACGUUCCUUCGAUCAACGAACCGAGUAGCAAGAUCGUUGUCGUAACUGGUGCCACAGGGUCUCUAGGUGCUCAUGUGGUGGCACAACUUGCACGCAAGUCUGAUAUUUCGGAAGUUUGCUGUCUUGUUCGAGCGCCAUCUCAGGAGGCUGCUAUGAGUCGUGUCCUUGUUUCCCUUGGUGACCGAGCGGCUCUUCACCAGCUUUCGCCUCGGCUGCGCAGGAAGAUCACGGCAUAUCCAUCGAACUUUGCUCGGGAAGAUCUUGGCCUCGAUGCCAAUGUCUACAGCCAUCUCAAGUCAGGCAUUGCGUCUCUCAUCCAUUGUGCCUGGUCAGUCAACUUCAAUAAGCGUCUGAGCAGUUUCGAAGACGACUGUAUUGCUGGUGCACGCAAUCUAAUGCUCCUCUGCCUUGCUGCACAAACACCAAAACCAGCAUCGUUCAACUUCUGCUCCUCAGUCAGCACAGUCGCUCGAACUCCUGGCCCGAUCGUGCCUGAAGCCCUUCCAGAGUCUCUGGCAUGCGCACAAGCCAUGGGCUACGCCCAAUCUAAGCUCGUGACGGAACACAUCAUCGCCAAGGCAGCACAGCAAACAGAUAUGGCAGCACGAGUCCUGCGUGUUGGCCAAAUCGUCGCUGAUCAAACGCACGGCAUCUGGAACGACACUGAAGCCAUUCCCCUCAUGCUACAGGCUGCAACCACCAUCGGCGCCCUACCUACCCUUAACGAACGCCCACGAUGGCUUCCAGUCGACGUAGUCGCAAGCUCAGUCAACGACAUCUCCCUCUCCGGCUCCUCCAAAGCAUUCUUCAACGUCGUCAACCCCAACACCUUCCACUGGACACAAGACCUCCUACCAAAUCUCAAACAAGCAGGCCUAACAUUCGAAAAAGUCCCACAACGCGAAUGGAUCCAGCGUCUACGUGAAUCAAAUCCAGACGUCGAGGCAAAUCCUACUUUUAAGCUCGUCGAGUUCUUCGCGAGCAAGUACGACCACGACAGGGAGGCGAAAGCGGGUCUUGACUAUGAGACCAAGGCUGUUGAGGAACUAUCUCCUGCGAUCAGGGAUUGUGCUGCUUUGACGCAAGAUCUGGUGAAUAGGUUUGUGAAGCAGUUCUUGAUGACUUCUUGGAGCGUAUGA